AUGUCAGCAGAGGCCGAGCUCCAGCCGGGUGUCAAAACCAGCCAACGAAAGGAGUCCAGGAGGAUCAAAGGUCAAGACCGCACCGAGGCGGGGCUUAUUAAGCGUUUCCGUGGAGAUGGCGUGCGCUACAAGGCCAAGCUGAUCGGGAUUGAUGAGGUGACAGCGGCGCGCGGGGACAAGCUGUGCCAGGACUCCAUGAUGAAGCUGAAGGGAAUGGCUUCCUCGGCACGUUCCAAAGGGGAGCAUAAGCAGAGAGUCUUCUUGACGGUCUCUUUCGGCGGGAUCAAGAUUUACUGCGAAAGAUCAGGGGUGCUCCUGCAUCACCACUCAGUCCAUGAAAUCAGCUACAUCGCCAAGGACACCAGGGACCAUCGGGCCUUUGGUUAUGUCUGCGGGAAGGAGGGCCACCACAGGUUUGUGGCCAUCAAGACGUCGCAGUCGGCGGAGCCUCUCAUCAUUGACCUGCGUGACCUCUUCACGCUCAUCUACGACAUUAAACAGCGGGAGGAGAUGGAGAAGAAGGCCCAGAAAGACAAACUGUGUGAGCAGGCAGUCUACCAGACCAUCCUGGAGGACGAAGUGGACGAUCCCGUUUACCAGUACAUAGUGUUUGAGGCUGGACACGAACCCCUCCGUGGCCCCCAAUCAGAGGAGAGCGUGUAUCAGGUCCCAACCAGUCAGCAGAAGGAAGGGAUCUAUGAUGUCCCAAAACGCCAUUUCAUGACUAAUAUCAACCACUUUGAUCUUUUCGGCGACAUGUCCACUCCUCCCUCGAUGCCCCCAUCACCUGCCAACACACUGGACCCGAGCAGGAGCAGCCGCCAGCAGCAACACAAUCCUGCUGAGAUGUACGCCCCCUUCAGUCCCACCUCUGUGCCGUCAGGUUAUAUGACCAUGGGCCCGGUGCAGGCGGCCCAGUGGGCGCAGCAGCCUUUUCCUGCCCAGGCUCAGACUCUAGCCUUCCCCGUGCAGGGGCCCCUCCAGGUGGCUCAGGUCCUCCCUGGUGGUCAGCCGGUCAUCUGGAGCCAGGCCAACAUUUUCCCAGCUACUCAGCAGCAGUGGGCGGCCAUGGCGGCUUACAUGCCAGCCCAGACCGUGGGCGUGGGGGGCCACGCCAUCCCAGCUGCCAUGCUCCAAGGCCUGGUACCCAUUACCACCAUGUGCCCCCAAGCUUGCGACCUAUCAGCUCCUUCCUCGGCCAUCACCAGCCCCCAGCACACGGCCGACCCCGCCCUGCUCCAGAGACAGCUGAGCCUGGGCAAAGAAGGCCUCGGCUUGGACUCAGACGCGGGCGAGGGCCCCUCUACAUCAGGGGCAGCAGCAGGUGUAGGGCCUGGUGCUGCGUCAGCAUCAGUGAGCAGGUGUGGGACUCCAGGCCUCAUCAGUGUACCAGACACACUGGCCUGCAGCCAGCUGCUGCCACCUUCAGCUGCUGCGACCCAGGAAGAGGAAGGCAGCUGUAGUGACCUUGAUCUCUCUCGGAUGACCUUGAGCCCAGGUACAUCCACGUCACCGUCUACUGAAUCUCCCUCCACUCCAGCCCCUCAGCAGAGCUCUUCUUCAGAUUGCCCCCCCUCCCAGGGCAGUGACCCCCUGACAGAUCACUCCCCUGUAGACCCAGAGGGCAUCUCCAGCAUUACCAAGGAGGAACAAUCGGGGAUGGAAGCUCUCGAGGCCAAAACAGACGCUCAUGAAAAAGAGAGAAAGAUAGAGAUGAGUGACUAUGAACAGCAGCAUCUCACACAGCUGGAUUACUUGUUCUUGUUGUCUCUUCGUUCACUGUCAGUCAGUGCCACCAUGCUUUCUGUGGUUAUACAAAAGAGUGCCUUCACUUUGCAGUGCCAUCUCCUCCAUGUUACUUUGAGCUUGCUGCUACUAAGCAAAGCUGCCCUCACAUCAAUGAGCAAUGAAGACCCCAGUGUCCGUGUAGCUCGGUCAGUGGGUGAUCAGGUGGUAGUUCAGCCACUGGACUGUGUUUUAUCAGAAUGGAGCAGGUGGUCCCGCUGUGACACCUGUCAGAAAAAGCGAUACCGCUUUGCUAAACUCACCCAGCCAUCUCAGUUUGGUGGAGAGCCGUGCAAUUUUCACGGCAGGGAGGAGGAGGCCUGCGAAGUUCCAGCUCGCUACACCUGUGACAACGUUCCUUUGUGUGAAGGUUUCUUCUGCACCCAAACAGGUCGCUGUAUACCAAGAACUCUGCAGUGUAAUGGCGAGGAUGACUGCGGGGACAUGUCAGAUGAAGCAGGCUGUAAGAAGGGUCAGAAGCCCUGCAGGCAGGAGGCCGAGGAGUACUGGGGAAUUGAGAACCUUGCCAAAGGAAUCAACAUCUUGAACAGUAACCUGGAGGGAGUUGUGCUUGAUAACAGAUACUACGCCGGCAGCUGCUUGCCGCACUACAUCCAAGAUGUCAGAUUCAGGAAGCCUUACAACUUGCAGCAAUACACUCUACAGACAAGGGGCUCGUAUGAUUUCACACUUCAGUCGUUUGAGACAUACUCUGACUACAUGGACCACACCAUAAAGGAGCGAAUGACCCAAACCAUUGUUUCCUUUGGCUUUUCCAUUCCGGGUGUAUUUCACUUUGGCUUCAACCACAAUGAUGCCAGAUUCUCCAAGUCAAUCCAGAAGAUUCGCCGUGCCUCAAGCAAAAAAAACAGCUUUGUGAAGGCCAAAGCAGAACUGGAGUUGGCCCAGUACAUGUUAAAGUCAGAUAAUCUGAUGCUUCACCCUGAGUUCCUGCAGCGACUGCGCUCCUUGCCACAGACCUAUAUUUACGGGGAAUACAGACAGAUCUACAGAGACUACGGCACCCAUUACAUCACAGAGGCUGCUCUUGGAGGACAGUAUGAGUACACCAUCAUUGUGAACAAAGAAAAGCUCGAGAAAACAGAUUAUUCUUUGGACGACUACAAGAAGUGUGUGCAGUCAGGCCUUAGUGUCGGGGCCAACAUAUAUGGCGUUUAUGUGUCGGGCGGGCUUUCUGGUGGAUCCUGUCACGGUGUGCUGAAUGAGAUGGGAGAGGACACCUUGCAUGGCAGCAUGGUGGAGGAUUUCGUUUCUGUUGUAAAGGGUGGAAGCAGUGAAUCUGUCACCGCUUUGUUGGCUAAGAAGCUUCCCACCCCAAAGCUGAUGAGCCUAUGGGGCGACGGCGUACGUUUCAACCCUGAUUUCAUUCGCAGCACUACACGGCCGUUGUUUGAGCUGAUCACCUCCAGAGACUUUACCCAGGAUGCCACCCUGAAGAGAAACCUGAAGAGAGCCCUGUCAGAGUACCUGGAAGAGGCUAGUUCAUGCCGAUGUGUUCCCUGCAAAAAUAAUGGAGUGGCUGUUCUGAGAGGUACCAGGUGUGACUGUGUGUGCCCUCUGGGAUACAGUGGACGGAGCUGUGAGAUCACACAGAGGCCAACAGAUAUCGCCAUCGAUGGCAGCUGGAGCUGCUGGGCUUCGUGGUCAUCUUGCAGUGGAGGAACAAUGACAAGGAGUCGCCAAUGUAACAACCCAGCACCCAGUAAUGGAGGCAUGUCGUGCAACGGACUGCAGCAGGAGUCUACUGACUGCUUUUAAAACCUGUUCAAGAAAUCUUGCUUCAAUUUUGGCAUAGAGAUUAAUAAACACUUCCCUGAAAAUA